AUGUACACAUUAUUGUGUCGUGACACCAAUAAUAGAUGAGAGUUUAACCUCAAUGUCGAGGUACACGUUUUCCACAGUUGUGUUUCAGUUUCAAUACCAAGAUAUUCGAGCCGUUUCCUCAAGAUUGAUUAUUGACUUAUUUGAGGCCCGGAGUCUGGAGAAUUGUUUUUAAACACCCCCUCGCCUAAAACAAAGUACCAUUUUACCAUUUCCCAUAGUUUAUUGAGUUCAGAUUUUAGAAAUCCUGUUACAGAAUCGCAAUAGCUAAACUUAUGUUUCCUUAAUGACCGGGCCACUUGUACUGUAUGACAUAGCGCACCUAGAUAGUCAAUCGGUAUUUCACCAUAAUCACCAUCAAGACCAUUUCGUCGUCUUGAUCUCACCAGACGCUCUAAUUCCAGUCUUUCAGGCGGCGGAAGUGAUGAGGAAAAUGGUCGCUGGCGGCUGCCGGUUUCCUUGCGGGAACCGAGCGACGCGAGAGCCCUGAGCCAGGGCACCACCGCCCAGCUUCCCGUCGAGUGUGUUGUCACGAUGGGAUCGCAUGUCUCCUUCCCCAGCUUCGUCGGUCUUCGCCAUUCGUCACCCUGGCUUUGAGCCAUGGCAACAGUCGAGGCGACCCAUUAGCCACAGAAUGUCCUAUUUGCGGUGAAAGGCAGUAAAUGAAUCCUUGUCACAGUUCUGUACUCAAUAAUCAUCAUCUCCGGGAAUGCCCCCUAAUCCGUGACCCCCUAGUUUUUAAACACAAUAAAAGACGAAUGUAUUGUAUAUACUGUAGACCUGUCGCUAAUAUUGCUGCAGUUAGAAACAAAAUUGCGCUUAAACCUUAUUAAUCUUUACCGGGUAUCGAAUCCACCAAAUUAGUGUGUUAGGAUUAGGGGUGUACGUGUCGUAUUACAAUUAUUUGUUAAUCUCUUGGGUUAUAAAAAUGUCAAUCCAAUCUUAAUAACGACGAAUAAUGCAAUAACCACUGGCCUACAGUUACCGUAUGCUCGAAAGGCUCGCAUUUUUCCCCCUGCCUCGAAAAGUCUUUAAUUUUUCUUUAAGGAGCUUGAAAUACUUGUGAGACACGGCGACAGAGAAAAUGAAACUUUUUUUUUAUCUCCAGCAGCGCCGCCCCGCCGCUUCGCAGCACACCUGUCGGGCUCGGCGCGGGGAAACUCCUGGCGUGUACCUCAUCGUGAGUCACCCUGCUACUGCAAGCCCUAUAAAUUCGGGCUAUGCACCUUCGGGACGACAUCAAUCUCUGCUGCGCCGCCUCCCUCGCCAAGCUCAGGUGUAGCGGAACCAGAAGAGUCACAAAGCGGAGAACAGUCGCGAUGCCCUCACCGUCCGGAGCUGGCGCAGCUCUGCUGGUCUGCCUCGUCCUGAGCUUGACAGGGCUCGGAGAAGGGCGCGGGGACUCCAUUAAGGAAUGGGACAAGUUCAAGACAUAUUCUGUGGAGCUGAACGGGCUGGCGAGACAGAUGGCCAAAAUGCUCCCUGACAAGUCCCGGCUCAGUCAUCAGGAUGUCAAGGGCGGUGUCCUGUUGGUGGAGAGCGCAGACAGAUGCGACCCGCUGAGCCUGAAGUCUGAUCCCGAGCCCUGUCUGAGCAAGAUCGCCGGCGCUCUCCAGAACUACUCCAGGCUCUUUGGGGAUCGUGACCUGUUCAAGGACUCCCCUUGGAAAGAGUUGGCUCAGCAGGUGACCACAGUGAUAGAACACCUCCUUGGACUACUUGGGAAGCCGGUCUCCAGUGGGAGCCUGCUGGGGCAGGAGAGCAGGUGGAUGUUCUGGCAGCUGCAGCAGUACAGUGUGGAACGUCUGCUGUCCUUCUCCACCAUCGCAGCGCGCGUCUUCAGCCCCGGCGACCCCGCCACGCACGACGCCGGCUCUCAGGACAGCUGUCCCCCCAGCUAAAACCGCCGGCAAAGACAGACGAGUUCAGUAUUACACCCCCCAGGAGGAGCUGAGCAGCUCCAGCUUCCCCCGAAACCUGCUGCCCAACAGUGUUGUUAUUGUCAGGACUGCAGUUUACAAAGUGCAGUCUGUCUGGACAUUACAAUCCAUAGGCGGGGAGUCGCACCAUUGCAGUUUACUCUUGGCAAGUACUGCUUGUAGCAAAAUGGCCUAGUAGAGCAUAGUAAACUAUAGUGCAUCACUGUGAGUAAUAGUGCAGAAUUGUGACCUAUAGUACAGAACAGUAAACUAUAGUGCAUCAUAGUGAGUAAUAGUGCUGAAUAGUAAACUAUAGUUAAGAACAGUGGAUAAUAGUGCAGAAUAGUAAACUAUAUUACAGAACUUUAAAUUAUAGUGCAUCACAGUGAGUAAUAGUGCAGAAUGGUAAACUAUAGUACAGAACAGUGGAUAAUAGUGCAGAAUAGUAAACUAUAGUGCAUCACUGUGAGUAAAAGUGCAGAAUAGUAAUCUAUAACACAGGGCAGUCAACUAUAGUGCAUAAAAGUAAUAGUGUAUAUUACCAAUGCACAUUUUUUUGCCAUUUCGUAAAGCUUUCAGUCAGAUUAGUCUUCCUUUUAUUUAAAAAAAUAACAGUCAUUAACUUAUUUAUUUA